AUGGCAGACCAAGAUAUUUGCAGGUUGAGCGAAUUACCAGAAAGCUUAGUCUACUCUGACAUCCUCUCACGCCUCUCUCUAAGUGAUGUUGUACGCUCUUCGAUUCUCUGCAGUCAAUGGCGAUACAAUUGGACAAGAAUUCCCUAUCUUCAUUUCUCUCCUCACUUUUUCACCCACAUGAGGUGGUCUGUAAGGCGUCGUGGUAUUCUCGGUCGAGAAGCUAUUACACAUAUCAAAGAGACGAUGGAGCAUAUUCUUAUCAACCACAAAGCCCCUCUUGAAUGCUUUCUGUUGUACAUCCCUAACAAGUUUUUCAGGAAUGGUUUGUCCAGAAGAUUCAUCGAAGCAAUGGACAUUAAGGAAUGCAUUGACACUGUAGCCCAAAAAGGAGUGGAACGGAUGUUUCUUGAAGCCGUUGCCCAUCCAUGGCAGAAGAAAGUGUCUCUACCCGUUACUAUUUUCGGUUGCAAAACCCUUCUACACUUGCAACUCGUAGGUUUCAUCUUUCCAGAAAUUCCUACCCUAGUUGAAAAUUUCAAGUUGCUGAGGGUUUGUGUGUUAGCUAAUAUUCAAAAUUUGACAGAGCACAGGCUCCAGAGACUUGUGGAAUUAUGCACUGUUCUUGAGAAAUUGGUGCUUGUAAGUUGUCAAGAGUUCAUUCAUUUGAAAAUCCAAGCAACCAAUCUCAACUGUUUGAUUUUAGCAGGUUGUUCUUCUCUGGAAUCCUUGACAGCAAACUGUCCACAAUUACUCCUACUCAAAACAAGGAAAGUUUUGAAGUUGCAGGAAUUGCAGAUAAAUUCUUAUAGUUUGGUUGAGCUCAAUAUAAACUAA